AAAAAAAUAAAUGAAUUAAAAUAUACACACAUCCAUCCUCAAUGUGUUAUGUGCAGUAAAAGCACUGAUGAUUUUUAACUUUAAAAAUAAACACAUUAUUAAGGAAUUGAUAAUUAGAUGUGUUCAUUGGUCCAUAAGCAGUAAGAGUCCUGCGUGUUCCUCCUCCUCCUCCUGUAAUGCUGUACGGCUGGGGGGUCGCGCGUGCGCUGCCGUGAUUCCGAUACGGGAUGUUCGGCGCAUCACGUGAUCUCCCGGAGUCCCGAACAGGAGAAAUGUCCGUUCUCCCGGCAACCGGCGCUGCGGCUUCAGCUCCUCCAGCUCUCGGCGGCUCCAGGUGUCCUUGAGGCCGGCAGAGGCUCCAGCGGGACCCGCGCUCCACCUCAGCAUCUUCAGGUGUUGGCCAGAGGAGAGUUUUGAUGGACCGCAUGAAGAUCAUUAAGAAGCGUCUGUCCAUGAGCUUGCAGAGCGUGCGGCGUCUGGACGAGAGUCUGUGCGAUCUGCCCGAACACACAGGACUGGAGGAAGGAGAUGAGGUCACCCAUGGUAAAAUGGGGUCAGAUGGGGAAAGUGAUCAGGCUUCAGGAACAUCCUCUGAUGAAGUUCAGAGUCCUGUACGAGUGCGCAUGCGUAACCUACAUCAGCGCAUCUCCAAUGAGGACAUCAACAAGCGUCUGUCACUGCCAGCAGAUAUCCGUCUGCCUGAAGGCUACCUGAAGAAGUUCGCCUCAAACAGCCCUCCGUUUGACAAACCUUUAAGCCGGAGACUACGGAGAACAUCACUGUCAGAGAUCGGCUUUGGGAAGCUGGAGACGUACAUCAAACUGGACAAACUGGGAGAGGGCACAUACGCAACAGUGUAUAAGGGUCGCAGUAAGCUAACAGAUAACCUGGUGGCUCUGAAGGAGAUCCGGCUGGAGUAUGAAGAAGGCGCACCCUGCACCGCCAUCAGGGAAGUGUCUCUCCUGAAGAACUUGAAACAUGCCAACAUCGUCACGCUCCACGACAUCAUCCACACAGAGAAGUGCCUUACGCUCGUCUUCGAGUACCUGGACAGAGAUCUCAAGCAGUAUCUGGACAACUGCGGCAGCAUCAUGAGCAUUUACAAUGUAAAGAUUUUCCUCUUCCAGUUGUUGCGUGGUCUGGCUUAUUGCCACAGUCAGAAGGUUUUGCACAGAGACCUGAAACCUCAGAACCUGCUCAUCAACGAUAAGGGCGAGCUCAAACUGGCUGACUUCGGUCUCGCCCGAGCCAAGUCGGUCCCCACAAAGACGUUCUCUAAUGAGGUGGUGACGCUGUGGUACAGACCUCCGGAUGUGCUGCUGGGGUCCACAGAGUACUCCACCCCCAUCGACAUCUGGGGUGUAGGCUGUAUAUUCUAUGAGAUGAUCACUGGACGUCCGCUGUUCCCCGGCUCCACCGUGGAGGACGAGCUUCAUCUCAUAUUUCGGAUCUUGGGGUCUCCUACUGAGGACUCUUGGCCAGAAGCUUACAGCAAUGAAAACUUCCUCUCCUACAGAUUCCCUCAGUAUGACGGCGAGCCGCUGGUCACCCACGCGCCCAGGAUCACUAAUGACGGUCACGAUCUCCUCUGCCAGCUGCUGCAGUUUGAUGCCAGACGGCGUGUUUCAGCAGAAGCAGCUCUCCGACACGUCUAUUUCAGAGAUCUGGGAGACAAAGUGCACCAGCUGCCCGACACCACCUCCAUCUUCUCCAUUAAGGAGAUUCGACUGCAGAAUGAUCCGGGAAAACACUUUCCAGCUCAGAGAGAGUUGGCGAUGGUCCACCGUAUGGGCUCUGCUCCGCCUGAACACUUUCUCCCAGAAGGAGUGAGCCGUGUCCUGCACAACGCUCCGCUGUCCUCAUAAACCCGUUGCGUCCUCGUCUGCGGAGCUCUCUCUUAUCUUCUGCUCGCGUUUUGCACACAUUUUGUAAAUAUCUGAAUGCCGUGAAGAGAAAAGCAUGAUAGGAAUUAAGCACCAAAGAUGCCCCGUGUGUUUGUGUGUCACUGGGUUCAGUCUUGGGAAUCUUUGAGCAGCCACAGGAUCAGGUCUGUCAUGUCAUCACGUCUGCAGCAGCUCCAGUGUUGGGGAACGCUCUACAGUUAGUCAAGUUAUUUUAUAAACUCAUUUGGAGAGGAUCACGUGCUUAUGACUGCUCUCAGCAACACAAUCUCACCGCAAUUCAUUACUUUUUCAUUUAGUGGCUAAUUCGUAUGAAUUCGUACAGUCUAAUUCGUACAUUUUAGUACGAUUUGCUCAUCCCCCAGUGACGGUUGGGGGUGGGGUCAGGUGCCACGCCUCAUUUUUAAAAUCGUACAAUUCAUACGACUGAACUUGUACGAAUUCGUACGAAUUAUCUACUAAACUAGAAAUGCAUAAAAUACUUAGGUUUUCUCGUGAGAUCAGGCUGUCUCAGCCGGUCCAGCAUCAGCUCAUAAUCGAUUAUCCAAUCAGAUGAUUCCAAACCCACUAUAAAUACCCAGAGUUCCUCAUCUCAAUGUCUUCGUCUUGAAGAAUCCCCCCUACCCACCCCUACUCCUCCUCCCUUCCAGAUGGGUGGCACAGUGGUCCAGUGGUUAGCACUGUUGCCUCACAGCAGGAAUGUCUCUGGUUAAAGUCUCCACUACACCAGGCAAUGUUUCUGUGUGGAGUUUGCUCAUUCUCCUCGUGUGGGUUUUCCCCGAGUUCCACAUAACACGCACCCUACGUAAAUCGAACACUCAAAAUUGAUCCCAUAGUCAAGCUGUUAGGGAGUACACCUCUGAUCAGCCAUCCACAUCCGUCACGGGAAACUCACUGGCCAGACUGUAGACAAGAGAGGAGAUUUCAGCCGGAACAGGAACUUCAAGACGAGUUGGCCAACAAACAUCAUCACACAGCAGAAACGUGCUGUUAUUACUAAGAGUUUGUCCUGUUUCUAGUUCAAAUAUCUACACAUAUUUCUAUUAAGAAGGAGACAAGGCAGAAUGGUGUUGUUUUAGCAAUAAUCUGAGUCAAACUGGAGAGAGUUUCUCCUGAAAACA